AUGCCACCCCUCCCCGCCCCUCCCGGUCCUGUCCUGCGACACCUAACCUCCCUCCUCACAUCCGGCAAAUCCACAUUCACCCCCUCCCGCCUCACCCACCUUAUCCCAAAACCGCCCAAGCCCAACGCGGCGGGCACGACGGCCUCUCCCGGACAAUUCGGGAAUCUGUUCGUGACCGGCAAACACAAGCCGGACGUCAUGGAUCAGGAUCUGAGCGAAGGGGAGGUCGGGAAGAAGUGCCUUGUAGCGCAGAACGGGGCUAACUUCCGCGUGACGGAUAUAGCACCCCGAACCAAGGGCCACAUGCACGCUACCAACUCGCUCGAUUUCCUCAUUGUCCAUAAAGGGCAAGUGACGCUACAACUCGACAGCGGAGAGAAGCAGCUUGUCAAAGAGGGGGAGGUUAUCGUCCAGCGCGGCACGAAUCACGCAUGGGAGAAUGAAACGGACGAAUGGGUGCGGAUGUACGUUGUCUUGCUGGAGGCUGACCGCCCGACUUGUCUGCCUACCCACUAG